UACCGUGAGUAGAGCAUUAUCAAUGAAAAAUGUUUUUUUCCGCCUAAAUGUUAAUGUGAAUGUGUAAAUGAGUGAGAAUGAUACUAGACGUAGAAAGCAAUCACAUUGGAUCAAGUGGGAUAGUUAUUGAAUUGCAUGGAAAUGUUAAACCUUGCUCUACAUUUGUAAGUGAUUACGAAAUCGGAGAUAUCUUUUUCAAAAAAAACAGUACAACUCUUCUACAGAUUGGUAAUAGUCUACUUGAAGGGAGAGUAACUAAUUCAACAAAGUCUAUAGUCAUAUUAAAAAAGGACAAUGAAAAUUUUAUAUCCACGAACAAACCAAUAUUUUUCAAAAAUUUUGCUUACAGUAUUGACUGCAUCAUCGAUAAAAAAUUGGUUUUCCGCAGUCGACCAAAACCUUUACAUAUCAAAAAGUUGUAUUAA